AUGAGCGCCUCCGCCAGUGUCGCUCGUCGGGCGGCGAUUGCCAACCCGUUCUUAGGCAACGCGCGUGCGCUUUCUACCCUCGGUGUUUCGUCAGCUGUGCUCGGCCGAAACGCAAGGCAUCUUCCCCGACGUGUAAACGCCCUCGCGCUCCUUGUGCCCGUCCGCUAUCUGGGUACCGACCAUCACAACCACGGCCAGCCGUCUGGCCCCCCGCCAGGCUUCAAUGUGGAGGAGGCUAAGAAACCUCUGGCCAAGGAAAGCUCAGCAGCCAAGAGCGGCUCGAAGGCGACCGACGACUCCAAGGCUGCGGCACACAACGAGAAGUCAUCCUCAAAUGAUGCGUCGGCAACAGACAAGGGCGAGUCCAACGCUUCCUUGUCGGAACUCGCCUCCGCCAAGGGAACAUCUGCCGAGGCAGAGAAGACCGCAAAGGACAAAUUGACCCUUUGGCAGAAGGUCAAGAAAGAGGCCCACCACUACUGGGAUGGAACGAAGCUGCUCGCUACCGAAGUCAAAAUCAGCACUCGGCUUGCACUGAAGAUGGCCGCUGGAUACGAACUCAGCCGAAGAGAGAACCGUCAAUUGCAACGCACUGUCCAGGAUCUUGGCCGCUUGGUGCCUUUUUCCGUCUUUGUUAUCGUUCCCUUCGCGGAGCUGUUGCUCCCCGUCGCCCUCCGUCUGUUCCCCAAUAUGCUGCCCAGCACAUACGAGGGCCAAAAGUCCAAGGACGCCAAGGCGACCAUUCUCAGAACGACGCGCAAGGAAGUCAGUCAGUUCUUGCGGUCCAGUCUUAAAGAGACUGGCCUGCCGUUGACUCCUGCGACAACACAGAGUGAGGCGUUUACUACGUUCUUCCGGAAACUCAGAUCUUCUGGGGAGUCGCCGACACACGAGGAUGUUAUCAAGGUCUGCAAGAUCUUCAAGGAUGACUUGACUUUGGACAACCUUUCAAGGCCCCAGCUGGUCUCGAUGUGCAGGUACAUGAACCUGAACACCUUCGGCACCGACAACAUGCUGCGGUACCAGAUCCGCCACCGUAUGCGUCAGAUCAAGAGAGACGACAGACAGAUCAGCUAUGAGGGCGUUGACAGCCUCUCCGUCGCGGAACUCCAGAUGGCUUGUGCCAGCCGUGGUAUUCGCACGCACAGCGUGUCUCCCGCGAGAAUGCGCGAGUACCUCCAGCAGUGGCUUGACCUCAGGUUGAAAGACGGCGUUCCGUCUACUCUUUUGGUCCUGAGCAACGCCUACAUGUACGGCCAGGUCCCCGCGCACAGUCAGGUUGAGGCUCUCGUUGGUGUGCUUUCGUCCAUCCCUGACGAGCUCUUCCACGAGAUUUCCCUCGAGGUGCACAGCGCCGAGGGUGCUGCCACCAACAAGCAGCGUCUCGAGGUCCUCAAGGAGCAGCAAGAGCUCAUUGACGAGGAGAACAGCCAAAACGAGGAGAAUGCUAGCACUGGCUUCGCCACGCCCCGUGAUAUUGACAACAUUGAUGAGAAGGAGGAGAGCAACCAGGCUGCUGAGGCUCAGGCCGCUGGCUCAAACCAAGCCCAAGAGGCCAAGGAUGCCGAGAAGGAGAUGCUGGCCGCAAGGGACGGGCAGCCCAAGGUUGAUAAGGCGGAGACGAGCGACAAAUAG